AUGCGGCGCCCCUCACUCGACCUGACGGAGCCGUCGCGAACAAUCGAAGAAGCCAAUGAACCUCCUUCAGACGAAAACAUGGACGAAGACAUUGAUCUCUCCAUGCCCCCAGUCGAAGACGACGUCCUAGAAGAGGACCCGAGGAUCUACACACCACCUCCCCGCAUCGCCGCCCGUUUCUAUCGACCAUCCCAGGCCCGUCGCAGAGAUUCGGCGGCCUCGUCGCGCCGAAACUCAAUCUCGUCAGCCCACUCUCGAUGCUCUUCCAUUCAGCCAGCCAGCCACCACGGCAACCAGCAGAGCAAAUAUGUGGCCCAACAUCUACGACGUGCCUCAUUCCUCGAGGACCGCAGGGCGCGCCUUGCUGACAGAGCCGCUCAUGCCGAAAAGGUCCGCCUUCGGGCAGCACUAGCUAAGGCAACCCAGCGAGAUACCACCCUGUCAGAAGAGCGCGCCAUCGCUGCACAACAAGCCAGAGAGCGCAAUUUGGCCGAGAUUGUGGCCAACUGCGCGGAAGAGGUCAAGAAGGCCAAGCAGGUGGCUGAAUUCAUGAAGGAGAAGCGAGAACAGGAUAUUGCCAGGAUGAAGGCCCAGAUUGAAGAGAGAAUGGCCGAGGCUGAGCGACGGAGAGAGGAACUACGAACCAAGAAUGCCUCGAGGCGGAGUCGGGGUCAGAGUGUUAUGACCAGGAAGCCCAUCGACCCCGUGCCUGAAGCGGUUGAGGAAGAAGCUUGUAAGCUCACGGAUGAAGAUGCCGCAGCCAGAAUUCAAUGGUGGUGGCGUGCAUGCCUCCGAAAGCGGAUGAUUCGCGAGUUCAACGACCUAGGGUUGACCGUGGACGGCAUUAGAGACACGCAUUUUGACACUGUCGUGGAACUACUCGCGCAGGACAGAGUGCUUGUCAUCACAGCACGGUUGCUCCGCCUAUGCGGCCUCCAAGAGGGCGAUGCCGGAUCCGUGGAAGAGAUGGCGGCAGUUCGCACAUUUCUGAGUGCAUUCCUUAUUCUUGGCCACCCUAACCAAGUUCUCAACACCAAGAACGACAAUGGCGAGGAAGAGGUUGUCGAUGUGCUGACGGCCCACCGACUUCCCUCUGGGGACCUUGCCAACCCGCAACUACAAGACUUGGUUGGCAAGGCGCGAGACUUGUUGAUCUCCUUUGAGAACAUCCUUUCUCGCUUGACGUCUGCGAAUGCAUACACCACACCCCCGACCCUACAGAACACACUCCCCGAGGCAUACGCCACCUUUUACAAUGCCUUUAUUGCAUGGAAGUCGCGAGACUCGGAUGCCUUGAUUGAGGUCAUGCUCAUGCAGUUUGUCGAGCUCGACGCAAUCUACCACACCGUCAAGGACACUACCGACGAUGCGGCGACGGCGUUAUACAAGAAGAGCAUUCAGGACAACCAGCUUAUGCUCAUUGUGCGCAUCAAGAAGUUGGCAGGUCAAGAGAGGGGCAAGAAGCUCAUCUUUGAUGCUGUCGGUGAGGCCAGGAGGUCUCGCGCCAAGAAGAAGAAGACUGGCGACACAAAGCCCCGUGUCGCUGAUAAUGCUGCAGGAGAAGCUCACGAGACGGCCAACAGCUUGGUUUCAUCGGAAUCUCAGACGCUCACUCCUCCUGCCACUCCGGCUAGCAAGGCUCAGGCCAAGGCCUCUGUCCCCAAGACUGGCCUCAACGGGCUCCUACCCAAUAACAGGGUUGUCGUUCACGAGUUGGCCAUCAACAAGGAGUACCAGCUUUCUCCUGACGAAUACAGGGAGCAGCAGGCAGAGCGUGCUCAACCCCUGUAUGAGCAGAUGAGGACCAUCAUGGACGACUCGGAUCACGCAGCCAACUUUAGGUUCUUUGCGGUGGUGGCAAGCAACAUCAAAGACAAGCUGCAGCGUCUCUUGAAGCCUGGCAACAGCAUGUACAACCUCAUUGGGGAGAUCCUGGACCCCGACAUGGCGGAACGGCAGUUUGCUCUGGGCAACUUUUCCUACGAGAGAUUCUUUACUGCCAUGGCGUCACUGCUUCCCAAGCUGUGCGCACCAUUCCGCGAUGAGGAGGUUAAGGACCUAAUCCAAAACAAGUUGGCCGAUGGUAACAUCAUCAACCGUGUUGAGGCUCUCAAUGGAUUCAUUGACCUAAUGCUUUGCGAUUACAUCAACUAUCUGAUGAAGAUCGCUGCGCCUCAACUUAUUGAGUCCGCCGCCCCGUACGAGGCCAAGAGGUUUGCCGAGGACGUGGAGAAGGGCCAACUGGGCCUUGCAGCGGCCGAGGCAAGCUGGAGAGCAGCUCGAUCCAAGGUCAUGACUGAGGUGCAGAAGAGAGACCCCGAGGGUAUCAACCACCCGAAGUCGCGACCUACGGCGAGCCGUUUCUACGCGCAGAUGCUUGUUGACAUCUUUACCAAGAUCUCGCCUACCCCUAUCGAGGAGGUUCCUGAGAUGCUUCGUCUUGACCAUGGCCGUAUUAGCCAGGUCUCAACCAUGAUCCAACGGAUCAUUACUGCUGGUGCGGUGCUACUUCAGUGCAAGAACCUCCUCAAGCGGGAUGUCCGGUCGGCGUGGAAGACGGAGGCAUCUCGCAUUAUGGCGGUGAUUGAGGCAGGCCAUCCUCUGGACACCACAGUGGAUGGUGUCAUGGCUGCUCUAGAAUCCGGACGGUCGAUGCCAGCAGCGACCAAGGGCCACCUCCGCGCCCUCGUUACCAAGGUCUUGACUGCAAGCCAGGAGAUGGCGCAACACGGACGUGAGCCUAGUGAGCCCGUCCUGCGUCUCCUCCUCACCCGCCUUCGCGGCAACAUCCUCACUCGUCUGGCUGCCGGUUCAGCGAGUGAGAAGGUCAAGGCUACCAACACGGCCGGUGAGAAACUCGCGAGCCUCGGACUGUCCGAGUUUGUGGAGCGAGUGAGAGAGAUUUCAGGUCUACUGGAGAAGGUGGGAACUGUCGACAGGGCAGCCCACGGACCAUGGUGGGAUGCAGUUGCGACAAAGGUUGAGCAAGAAGACAUGUCAACCUAG